AUGAGGUGUGCUGCAAUCUUUGUUUUACUUGUUCUGUCGUGCGCAAUAUUUGCGGCGGAUGCAAAGAAUAAGAAAAAGAAGAAUAAGAAGAAGAAACCUAAACCAGCCCCAAGACCAGUCUCAAUACCUGCACCUGUAUCUGCUGCACCAUCCGCACCCGUGAAACCACCCAAGGGAGUGUGCAUCUCGCCAGAAAGUGAUCAGAUAAACAAAAUGCUCAUGAGUUAUCUUAAGAGGGAUCGGGAGAAUGCCACGCUUGCGAAGGCAUAUUGCAUGUUGGCGAAAAUGGCACCAAUGUCAGUAGAGUACAAAGAUUUUUUCGCGUUGAAGGUCAUUACGCACAGAUAUGGGCCUCAUUCACCAACAGCAUCGCUGGAUUAUUAUGUUAAAGAAUUUGUAAAUGCAAAUGCGGCUACCAUUCGAACGUACAACGCUAUUGAUGAGAAAUCGGACAUGCAGCUACCUUUUGGAUGCAACUUGGACCUGCAAAACAAAGCGAAACAGGAGGUGAAAGUGAGGAGAGGAAAAAGGGGAAGAAAGAUCAAGCAAAAAUACAUAGUAAGAUGGGUUGAAGGAACUGUUAAUUGUCUUUUUUUGACUGCAGAGUCUAUCAGUGAGGUAUAUUUUUAUAUGAACCUCCUUGGAAAUCCAGACAGGAGACCAGGAGAUUUGAAUCGGUUCUUUCAAAAGUUGCAAAAUCCUUGA